AUGUUGGCUGUUUGGGAUUUUGUGAGACAGCAUAAGAAAAAAAUUAUUUUCGGAGGAGUAGUUGUUGGCGGAGUUGUGGGUGCCAUGUCUUACCAUAAACAUGAGCAACAGCAUGUCGUUUCUGAUGAUGAGCUUAUUCAGAAAAAGAACAGAAGGCGCUACGUUUAUGACUCGAACCAUAGCACGUGUGACGAUUCCAUUCGUGAUUUAGCCAAGAAUUUGUUUUCUCUUGUAGAGAAAAGAUUUGAAGUUGACAGUUACAUCUUGAGGAUUCAAACCGAUGAGAGUAUGGAAAACGCGGAGAAAAUCAAGCUUUGGGAGAAAAUCAAAGUCAACAGUUUCGCUCGGAUUGUCGCUCUAUCUUAUUCUUUCUCCAUACUCACUAUCGUUCUGAAAAUACAGUUUUCGAUAUUAACCGCUGUCAUCUGCAAUCAAAUUGAGCAGCCCAAGAAAGAUGAGACAUCGUGGUACAACAAGUUAACUACCAUGUUUGACAAAUCUGAAGACCAGGGACUUGAUACUGCAGGAAGCAAACAAACAUUCCUCAAAUGUAUUCAGUUUUUUACUUCUUCAGGUAUUUACAAGUUGUUCGACAUGGUAGAGAACGCCAUCGAGAAGAUCUGUGUGAAACUUUCCUUGGUUGUCGACUCAGAUAGACACUCCAUCCGUCAUUUGUUCGAUUGUUUCGACCAAGAGAUCAGCCCCAAACUCGAAGGAGAGCUUUGGAAACUGAUUGCUCCUAUUCCUGAAGAUAUGGACUCAUCGGAUGAAAUCGUCAAAUUGCUCUUGAAGCUAGUGGGUUACCUAAACACUUCCGACUGUACUUUCAUUCUGUACCAUCUGCUGGAUUUCUACUAUUCAGCAUCUUGUAGAAAACUAUCGAACGAGUCAGAGAAGCUAGCUCGUAACAUUCCAAUCAUAUCCGAUGCAUUUGAAGAUGUUGGAUCAACUUCUUACGAUGGACCUUUGAAGAAUUCCCUUUGCUCUUCGGAACUACAUUCCUUCUCCCAAAUGGUUUUCAAAACUUACAAAGAUUAA